AACGCUCUCUUGCUCUUCUCCAUUCUCAAAACAGUUUUCCAUUUGCGAGAAUAAUAUCACCUAAACCACGGACUCAGGUGAUGGCGCGCUCCGUGUCUGGUCUGCGCUGAGAGUGCUAAUUUUCCUCAUCCGUUUUCCAAGUGCGAAACCGAGGGUGCUUCAGUUUCCGAGCAAAUUUUCACCGAUCAACAUCUCCCGCGCAAGCAGUUAUAAUGUGUUCCGUGAAAAGUCGCGCGCGGUCGUUUUCUACUUAAGUGCCAACCUCAUCAUAAGCAAUUAAUCAUCGCCAUAAAGACACGACUAUAAAAAAUCUAGACCAGGAUGGACGCCGUUCGUUUUUCGAUCAUUGAAAAUGAAAUGAAAUGGGAAGAUGAAUACCAGAUGUACUACCAGGACGGAGAAGGUGACGGGGAAAUGGGACCGCAGGAUAGUCGCUACCGGAUGAGCAUAUCGAGCGAAAGCGAUGUGGCAGGCGUGGAGAUCUCGUCACCGAAUCAACCGCACGAUAUGUGCAGUACCAGUCGGGAAGGUCAGGCCGAAAUCUGGACCAUUUCCGAGGUGGAAAGUUCACUGAGGGACCUCCCGGAUGCGGAGCGAAUCGGCGAACUGCUGGAGAGUCUGCUUCCGGUGGAUGCCGUACUAGUAGACUACAGUUACGAACUGGACAGCACGCUUCUGCUAGCAGUUUGGGCUAGUAAACAUAUCCUUUUGAAACAAUUGCUGGCGAUGGAAGGAGUUAACGUAAACGCAAGUGAUUUCUGGGGACGAACGGCUUUGCACUUGGCAUGCUAUAUCGGCGACUACCGAGCGGUUGAACUGCUACUUCAGUAUGGUGCGAAACCCCAGGCUUGGGACAAAGAGAAGAAGGCAACGCCGCUGCACUGCGCAGCAAGCUGCGGUAGUAUCGAAAGUAUCGCCCUUCUCAUGACCAAGGGCAUCGACAUCAAUGCCGGCAUCGAGAAACAUUCCGCGCUGCACUAUGCCGUCCAGCGAAACAGUAAACAGUGCGUCGAAUUCCUGUUGAAGAACGGUGCCGAUCCAAACACCCCUCAGGUCUACACGCAAACUCCACUGCACGUAGCUGCUGCCAACGCUUACGUCGAAUGCAUGGAACUCCUACUGAAGUACGGAGCUGAUGCACGCUCACAGUACGGCCAGAAGAAAAUCACUUCCCUACACCUGGCAGCCUCGGAAAACUACUUAGACUGUGUCAAACUGCUCAUCCAAUCUGGAGCGGACAUCGAUGCCCGUAACCGGGAUCAGCAAACCCCGCUACAUUUGGCAUGUCUAUCGCAGUGCCUCGAAACCGUAAUCUACCUGAUCAGUCAGAAAGCAGAUGUCCACGCUGUUUACCGCGACGGUCGAACAGCUCUGCACGCCUCGAUCGUUAAGGAGUCUCGUUUCUGGGAUUGCACACUGAGCCUUCUGAAAGCCAAGGUUGACGUCAACCGGGCGGACAACUUCGGCUACACACCGUUGCACAUCGCUGCCCUGAAUGAAUUCAGCACCUGCGCAUUCAUGCUCAUCGAGUACGGAGCGGACAUAACUGCGCGAACCAAUGGCGGAGUUUCCGCACUGUCCUUCAUCAUCCGACGCACUCCAGAGAUCAUCCCCAAAUACAUCGACAAGCUGGAUAUGGCUAUCAGCGUGAACAGCAUCCACGAGAUCGGCGACGUGGACUGCGAGAUUCGCCUGGACUUUCGACCUCUCGUUCCGAACACCGAUCGGGGCGAGACGGAACUAUUGCUGGCGUUUAUCGAAGUUGGACAACGACGAAUUCUGAAGCAUCCGCUUUGCGAGACGUUCCUGCUUCUGAAGUGGAGACGAAUACGGAAGUUCUUCCUGUUUAGCUUAUUCUACCACGGAUUGUUCGUGCUGCUGUUUACCGCUUACGUGCUCGGAGUCUACGUUAAGGACUGUCGCCUACGGAGUUGUCGUACGGCAGCGUACGUCCCAGUUAUCGCAUACAUUGUUAUCUUCAUGAACAUUAUACUGAUGACGAAAGAGAUCUUCCAGAUGAUGCACGGGUUCAUCGGAUACAUUCGGUACUGGGAGAACUGGUUGCAGUGGAGUAUCGUUAUUGGGAUCUUUCUGUGUACGGUAAGUGGGAGGAUUUUUGAAGUUCUACAAUAUCUAAGCGUAAUAUUCUUCUUCCAGCAAAAUCCAAGCAGAGAAAUUAGUGACGUUCCAACCUGGCAGCACCACGUGGCGGCGGUCGUUAUCUUUCUGGCAUGGUUGGAGCUUAUGAUGCUCGUCGGACGCUUCCCGAUCUUUGGGCUGUACGUGCAGAUGUUCACAACCGUAGCGGUCAACUUCUCCAAGUUCCUGAUGGCCUACUGUUGCCUUCUUUUCGCGUUUGGGUUAAGUUUCUGCGUCCUUUUCCCGAACUAUAUCUCGUUCAAGAGGAUCCUUCGGGGACUACUGAAAACAAUCGUUAUGAUGGCCGGCGAACUAGAAUUCGAGGACAUUUUCUACGGUGAUAACAUUAAUAUUCUGUACCCGGGAACGGCUCACGGGAUGUUCCUGGCGUUUGUCCUUCUGGUGACGGUGAUCCUGACCAACCUGCUGGUUGGUUUGGCUGUCAGCGAUAUCCAGGGGCUGCAGCAAUCGGCUGGGCUGGAUCGAUUGUCCCGGCAAGCUGAACUGAUCUCUCGAUUGGAGGGAUUGAUGUUCUCUAGGAUGUUGAGGAAGGCACCGAUUCGGUUGUGGGCGAUCUUCCAGAAAAUUGCUCUGCUAAAAACCUCCCGACUGAGGUUGCAUUUUCGCGUGAAGCCAAAUGAUCCCCGGGAGAAGAGGAUCCCCAAGGAGCUGAUCACCUCCAUCUACAAAUUGGUGGCGGAACGCCGCGAACGCAAUCAAUCGAUGAAACGCAAACGAACCUACCGGAACAUGCAAGCAUUCCAGGAGCUGAUGGACGAAGACGCUCAGGUCACCCUCCGAAGGCAACGCUUCCGCAACUGCAAGAUCCGAACCGUAUCCGAGAAUCCCUACCUAACGACGGCAGCGAAUCGAACUAGCGAUUUCGGUGGACCACGAUCCGGAACCUCCGGUUGUCAGAUGAAAACCAUCGAAGACGGACAGAAACAGAUACUCAAAAAGCUGGAUGACCUAUCCAAGGAAAUUGAAUUUUUGAAGACGCGAAUCAAAAACCCCUAAGCAAUAAUAAAGUCUAGAUAUUUCUAAUCAA